AUACAUUUAAUGAUUGGUUACACCCUUUAAUUGUGUAGUUCUGUUGCACAAUUGUGCUGAGUAAAUCAAAUUGUUUUGUUUGGGAAGCAAUUACAAUCAGCUAUAUAUAGAGAGAUAGAUAGAUAGAUAGAUGGGUAUAGAUAUAGAUAUAUAAUUGUAUAGUUUCUAACGAUUGAGCACAUUUAUUUAUCCCUUGAUAAUUUACUUAUAAAUCAAUAUUAAAAUAUUAAAGUUUAUCCAAUACACAUAUAGUCAAUAAUAAUCAUAAUAUUAUGAAAGAAAUAGUAGCCAUGGUUAAAGAUGCUGAUAUGAAUCGUGCUAUGCAAGAGGAUGCUGUCUAUAUAGCUGCAAAUGCAAUUGAUGAACAUAAUACUGAACAAGAAAUUGCAAGAUAUAUUAAAAUACAAUUUGAUCAUAAACAUAAACCUUAUUGGCAUUGUAUAGUUGGUGGAACAUUUUCUAGUUUUGUAUCCCAUGAAGCAAAUAAAUUCAUCUAUUUCUUCCUUGGAAAUCAUUCAAUCCUUUUGUAUAAAUCAUUAUAAUUAUAACAUUAUAAUUGUAUUAUAAUUCUUUUUUUUGUAUUUUUCUAUCAGUAAUGUAACUAUGAGAUUUCAACUAUUACGUAAUCAUGAGAAAAAAAAUGUGUAAAACAAAAAAAAACCAAAAAAAAGAAAAGGAAAUCAACUGGUACAAUUAAUAAUGAUUUCAUACUGUUACUAUUUUGUUGUUGUUGUUACUGUUGUUGCUAUUGCUCUUGUUGUUUAGAGUCACCAAUAUGAACAUGAAGUAAACAACAAAAACAACAAAAAAACAUGAAAAAUAUGCAUUUGUGUUUUUACAUCUUCAUUUAUGUACAUUAUUGAUUUUUUUUUGUUUUUCAAUAUCAUUCCACUGAUAA